AUGACUGAUUUUGAAAAAGGUGAUCUUUUAGCUACAAAAGAUCCAUCAGAAUUUUUGAAAAAAGCCUUUAAGUUGGUAAAGCGUAAUUCAACUAUUAUAUUUGUCGUAGAUGCCACUGAUUUAUUUGCAACUCUCAACACUUCUAUUGUCGACUAUGCUUUUGCUUAAAACCAUAAAAUCAUAUUAGCUGUUAAUAAAAUUGAUGCUCUUCCUCCAAAUAAUGUCUAGUUUAACCAAUUAAAAAGUGUUGUUAAGAAAUGCAUUUUAGAAAAAUAUCCAAUAAUAUUCUUAAUUAAUAAAGCUUACCUAAGUAGUGUUGAAGUUUUUUGA